GCCGAGCUUUUUGAUAAGCAAAUGUGUUACUCACUCGCACAUGGGGUGUUUGCCCAGACGGUCUGCGAGGGCCAUGUGGCCAUGGUGUGGGGCGUGGGUGGUGGCCACUAAUAAUAGUCAAAUAUGGGAGCGCAGUAUUUGCUUGGUGUCGAAUAUGGCGUUUUGCAAUUUAAGGUCCUGUAUUUGGCCAAUCGAGAACAGUUCUCGUCCGGAGGUCGUACUGCGAGUGUCCCGCGUUCGGAAUUACCAUGGAGAUAUCCCAGCCCAGCAUCGGCAUCUUCUACAUCAGCAAAGUGCUGGCCCUGGCCCCAUAUGCUACGGUCCGGAACUCCAAGGGCAGGGUGGAAAUCAGUCGCAGCUGGCUCUUCACGGUAUACUCGGCCACAUUGACGGUGGUCAUGGUUUUUCUCACGUAUCGGGGACUCCUGUUCGAUGCCAACUCCGAAAUUCCCGUGCGUGCAUCUUUUAGAAUGAAGUCGGCUACGUCGAAGGUGGUGACGGCCCUGGACGUGUCUGUGGUGGUCAUGGCCAUUGUAUCCGGUGUUUACUGUGGCCUUUUCAGCCUGAACGACACCCUCGAGCUCAACGAUCGACUAAACAAGGUGAGAUCACUGCAAUCGAAGCUCCCCCCUCCUUUCAUCUGCUAUAAUCCUGUGACCACACCCCAGAUCGAUAACACCUUAAAUGCCUACAACAACUUUCGAAGAGAUCGAUGGCGAGCCUUGGGCAUGGCUGCCAUCUCCCUGGUGGCCAUUUCCCUUCUGGUCGGCCUGGAUGUAGGUACGUGGAUGCGCAUUGCCCAGGAUAUGAACAUUGCUCAGUCGGAUACGGAGCUCAAUGUGCACUGGUACAUUCCAUUCUACAGUCUCUACUUCAUCCUCACGGGCUUGCAGGUCAACUUUGCCAACACGGCGUAUGGACUAGGAAGGCGCUUUGGCCGCCUGAAUCGGAUGCUUUCGAGCAGCUUUCUUGCAGAGAACAAUGCAACCAGUGCCAUCAAACCGCAAAAGGUUAGCACCGUGAAGAACGUUAGCGUAAAUCGGCCAGCGAUGCCAUCGGCACUCCACGCGAGCCUGACGAAGCUGAACGGCGAAACCUUGCCCAGUGAAUCCGCAGGUGACAAGGCAGCCGCACGCAGUCUAAUCCUCAACGUGGAGUUACUCAAAUUGGGUUAUUUUCCAGCCAAGAACAAGGGGUUGCUCCUCAAAUCCCUGGCGGACAGUCACGAGUCGCUGGGCAAAUGUGUCCACCUCCUGUCCAACUCCUUUGGCAUUGCUGUUCUCUUCAUCCUGGUGUCCUGUCUGCUGCAUCUUGUGGCUACGGCCUACUUCCUCUUUCUGGAACUGCUCAGCAAGCGGGACAACGGCUACCUGUGGGUGCAGAUGCUCUGGAUUUGCUUUCACUUCCUGCGACUGCUCAUGGUGGUGGAGCCGUGCCACUUGGCUGCUCGAGAGUCGCGCAAAACGAUCCAGAUUGUUUGCGAAAUCGAGCGAAAAGUGCACGAGCCCAUUCUCGCGGAGGCGGUUAAGAAGUUUUGGCAGCAGUUACUCGUCGUAGAUGCCGACUUCUCCGCCUGCGGAUUGUGCCGCGUGAACCGCACCAUUCUGACAUCGUUUGCAUCGGCCAUAGCCACCUAUCUCGUGAUUCUCAUUCAGUUUCAACGGACCAAUGGCUAAAGUUUUUAGUUAUACAAAAAGUGGCUUGUUUUUUAUUAACACUAUUAACUAAACGGAGUUCUUGC